AUGCGUUGUCAACCAGCCAACUUUGGGUGGGCUACGGAACGCUCGGAGGACGGUUUGAACAUCGAACGGUUGUCGCCCUUGAUGAAACAGCGCUCUUACAACCAGCGACCUGCCGGAAUAUUCGCUAACUUUUCUGACAUUUACGGCCGUAGACCCGUAGAUGCUGGCCGCAUGCACCCACACGUCGAGAAAAAUCAAUCUGAUCUUCCCGCCUCCGUCGGUUUCCAAGGCAACGCUUUAUCAAGUAUUGUGAAGUUAAUAAGGAUGGCAGAGGAGGGAGGAGGUGCAGCUGGUGAAAAAGUGAUACAUACGUACCCCCUGAUACGGACAAAUUUAGUAGCGUGGUUUAUAGUGAUAAGACAUGGUCCUGCGAGCCGGAUAAACUGUUUUCGGAAAUUCACUUUGAAAAUUAAGGAAAAGGCAUAUAGAAAGUGUAGAAUUAGGUUGAUGUUGAAUUGUUUGAGUGAGACCUCGACACCGGACACUGGUUUUCGGCGAGUCAAGCACUCUGACAUGUCUGAAGAGAUGCGCACUGAGGCGAUGGAGCUCUCCGUGACGGCUUGCGAGAAGUUCUCGCAGAACAACGAGCUAGCCGCGCGGAUGGUGAAGGAGUCCAUGGACAAGAAGUUCGGGCCCGCCUUCCACGUGGUGGUGGGCGAGAGCUACGGCUUCGAGAUCACCUACGAGUGCACCACCAUCUGCUACAUGUACUUCGGCGGCAACCAGGCCGUCUGCAUUUGGAAGUGCUCGUGAAAUGAACAUUUAUAUGUACCUUGUGGAGUUAUACAGGUUGACUUUAUUGUAGUACCUUCGUUAGGUACUGUGUGAACUUCAGAUCGUACAGUUUAUUUUAUAUAUCUAUUCUAAAAGUUAGAUAAAUAAACCUUGUGUCUGUUAAAAGUGCACUGGAAUACAAUAUCAAGCAAGCUUUGUGAUAUAAUGCCUUCGCGUUACAUAUACCAAUCGCAAUUUAAAAAUAUAAAUGCAACGCACAAAAAAUCACGAAGUAUUUUAUGUAUAGACAUUUAAUUACUAUUAUUGGGUACUAUGAACUUAUUAUAAAAAAAAAUAUAGGCACGCGAGAGACGGUACCUGAACCGCACAUAAAUGAACUAGUUAGACAAGGGUUACCAACUUAUUUUCUAUCAAAUAUAGUGUUUUCGAAGCUGUUACCUCUAAAAAUAUAGUAGAUGGCAAAAAAUGGAAAAAUGUAGUAUAUGUUUAAAAUAUUGACUUUAUUUUUGAAAUGAAUGUAUUUUUGCUGCUCUAUGCUAAGGCAUAAUUAAAUUUGAUUUUUUAAGAAAGCUUUUUUUGGCAAAUUUCUGCUUUAAGCAAAACAUAGUAGUUUCGCCUACUAUGUAUAUAUAUUUUAAAUAUAGUAUUUGAUCCCCUAAUAUAGUAGGAUACUAUACUAUAAUAGUAAGCUUGGCAACCCUAAGUUAGACGCACGCUUGCUUGGAGUUCAUCCAAAAUGGUCCAAAUAUUUUCACGUAAAAACGUAAGGUUGGUCGCACGCAACGCUGCUGGUAUCCACAAUGCGGCAUUAGCUGUUCUGGCCGGCUCUAAGCAAUUAUUUUUUUGUUGUUUAUCCCAUUCUCAUUAGCCUUGAGCUGCUGGUUAGAUCCUAUUGUUCACUGACUCAUAACCAAACAUAAUUAUAUCGCUAUUGGCUAGAUUUCGUUUUACUGUCACUUAGACGGGUAUUUUUGUAAUAAUUAUGUUUAUAUAAAUUAAUAUAGUGUUUGUUAUAAGGAAAUAAAAGCCAUAGUUAUUUAAAGAGAGGGUGUAGUUAUCAUAAUUAUGUAUCAAUGAGUUGUAUUCAUUAUAUUUAUUUUAUAUUUAAAUAAAAAUUAAGUGCUAUUAGAAUAUACGAAAGAAUGUGAAUUUUAUAUAAAUAUGUAAUAAA